GCUUGGUAUUUUACUGUUUUGCGGAUUUUGUUGCGUUUUUCCAAUAACUUUAUCAACUGGCUUUGGGUGCGCUGCACAAAACCGAGGAAUAAUAAUGGGUGAUGUCGACAAAUGGAUAGAGAUUGUUAAGGAUUGCAAAUAUUUGCCCGAAAAUGAAUUGAAAAAACUCUGUGAUAUGGUCUGCGACAUACUGUUGGAGGAGACAAACAUACAGCCAGUUAGCACGCCCGUCACAGUAUGUGGCGACAUACACGGCCAGUUCUAUGAUCUGGAGCAGCUAUUUCGAACUGGCGGCCAGGUGCCCGACACGAAUUACAUAUUCAUGGGCGAUUUUGUUGAUCGGGGCUAUUACAGCCUGGAGACAUUCACACGUCUGCUGACCCUCAAGGCCCGCUAUCCCAGCCGCAUAACAUUGCUGCGGGGCAACCACGAGACGCGCCAGAUAACAAAGGUUUAUGGUUUCUUUGACGAAUGCUUUAGCAAAUAUGGCAAUGCGAAUGGCUGGAAAUACUGUUGCAAGGUAUUCGAUUUGCUCACAAUUGCUGCGAUCAUUGACGAGAGCGUGCUGUGCGUGCACGGCGGUCUCAGUCCGGAGAUUAUAACGCUAGAUCAAAUACGAACAAUCGAGCGCAAUGGUGAGAUACCCUAUAAGGGCGCCUUCUGUGAUCUGGUCUGGUCCGACCCGGAGGACAUGGAAUACUGGGGCCAGAGUCCGCGUGGCGCUGGCUGGCUGUUUGGCCAUAAUGUGACCAAAGACUUUAUGACCAUCAACAAUCUGGACUUGAUAUGUCGAGCACACCAGCUGGUCAACGAGGGCAUCAAGUAUAUGUUUGAGGGCAAACUGGUCACCGUUUGGUCCGCGCCCAACUAUUGCUAUCGUUGUGGCAAUGUGGCGGCCAUACUCAGCUUCGAUACGGCGAAACAGAGGCAAACGCAAAUCUUUCUGGCCGUGCCAGACUCGGAGCGUGUCAUACCCAAACAGAAUACGACGCCUUAUUUCUUGUAAAGCUCGCAAGCAUCACAAUCAAAACCAUGCAACAAAUUACCGCCACGUCCGCCCGCCGCUGCCAGUCGACUGACAUUCGCACUGCCAGCGACCAAAUAGAUUCAAUUCAAUAGCCGCGAAAUCGGCCGACGCCAGCAGAGAAACCAAAACAAUAACACACACACACACACACACACACACACACAUACACAAUACCUAUGCACACACACACACAUACACAAUACCUAUGCACACACAAGCUUGUAAACACCAUAAUUCAGCACUUAGAGAGAGAGAGGAUUGUAUUCAUAAUUAUGCUCAAAAGAUUUGUUCAACCUUGUAUUUUGUUUCCGGUUAUACAGCCGUUAUUUAUAUAUAUAUAUAUAUAUACAUAUAUAUUAACUAUUCGUUUAACAAAUAUCACUUAAUAUACAUAUAUAUAUAUAUAUAUAUAUAUAUAUUUUAAUUAUUUUCCAUCUUUUUGCUUGUGUGGCACAAGAGCAAACCGAAUCAGCAGCGUCCCGUUCAAAAGGAAAACCCAUAAAAGCAAAAGACAACUUGUAAAUGCAUUUCUUUUUCUUAAAAUUAAUUAAGUGAAAGUUCUUGUAGAGAUUUAAAACAAAACAAAAAAAAAAAAAACGAACGUUUAUAAAAUUGCCUGUAUUUAGCUAUUAAUUAAUACUGUUUGUUUCCGAUUCGAAUUGUUGUCGGGCAGACUUUACUUGCUGGCCCACAAAUUAACUAAAUGUUUAAUAGCUUUUAUGCCAAGUACAAAAUAUAGAUCGCAAACCGCA